AUGUCAAUCACACAGCGUAACCUCAUGGAGCUUGCCCCCUUUGCCAAGACAGCGCGUCAACGAGCCACCCUACAUGCACUGAUCGCUGCAUAUGUCAUCGAAAGACCACUCAUUCCAGCCAUUCGCUUCAACCUCGACGCAACAACGAAUGCCACUGCCAUCCUCGACUAUCGCUUUGACAUCGCUGGUGUGAAGGAGUUGGGUUUUGUUCUGGGUUUACCUGCUGUCAUCAUCACACCCAAACGCGUACGCGUACACCGAGAAGAGGCCAUGUGUGUGUUGUUGGGCCGUUUGGCGUUUCCUGUGCGGUUCCACACCAUGACAAAGACCUUUGGCCGAUCACGCUCCUCUCUGUGCGACAUCUUUUUACACCUCGUCAACGAAUUGUACGCUCGGUGGGGAUCGCUGUUGUUUUUUAACAAGAAGGUGGUCGUACAUUACCUUCAAAAUGUUGUCGAAAAUCCGGCUCUCCCCUGUGGCUAA